AUACUUAUAUGUAUAUAUAUACAUAUAUAUUGUGCAAUAAUAAUAAUAAUAGUAGUGUCAGUGGAUGUGUGUCCGCCAUCCAUCCCCAUUAUCAAUUUCGGAAUACGUGGAUCUUCAUAUAUCGGUUACCCGGGUACCAUCCGGAUAAUUAUCCUCAUAAAGUGUGUGAUUCAACGGAACUGGUCAAUUCCGGUGGAGGAAAAAGAGAGAAAGAGAAAGAGAGAGAAAGAUAAAAGCAUGAGAUGGUAUUUGUAAAACUAUAGUAUAUUUUAAUACAUAUUAUAUUUAUAUUCAUAGUACUUGGUACUUUUAAAUACGCACAUACACAAAUAUACAUAUACAUAUACCAUACAUAGAAACGCACAUAUAUAUGUCCAUAGAGCACAGUAGAAAAAUAUCUCACUGCCAGUUCACACAUUUUGUAUUCUGUCAUUUACAAAACUAUCAAUUUUGUACUCCGGUUAGUCCUCUUUUUUUUUUAUUUAUAUUUAUAUGUAUAUAUAUUUUUUGCUAUCAAAAACAAGACUAGUUCGCGCGGAUGUGGGUGGGUUCCCCAAUGAAAUUUAUAAAAAUAAUAAUAAAUAAAUCGGAGCAAGAUAAAUUCAUAAUUGAUGUGAGAUUACUUUGCAAGUUUGUUAAUGCAACUAAAAGUAAGAGCCGGAUAAAUAAUUUGUGAUUUUAAAAAAUAUCUGCUGAUUUGGGGGCGUAUUUUGUUUUAAAAAAAUGGCAUCAUUGUCACUUCCUAGAGUACUGCAACAAAGAAAAACAAGUUUGGAUCUUGAACGUGAGCACUUUGAAAAAUUUCAGAGUAUCAGCAUCAGCAAAGCUGUCAACCCAACAGAGACUCCAGUCAAAGAAAAACAUGUCCGGAGCGCUAUUAUUGGUACAUAUCAAGAAAAAAGUGGAGCAAUCUUCUGGAUGUUUAUUUUGCGACAGCCGUUGCAAGAAAAUCGCAUUGUCGCUUGGAAGUUUUGUCAUGUUCUACACAAAGUACUCAGAGAAGGUCAUCCAAGAGUUAUUGCUGACUCACAGAGACACCGAGGCAAGCUUGAAGAUCUUGGAAAAAUGUGGCAACACUUGAGAGAAGGAUACGGGAGAUUAAUUCAUUUGUAUAUUCGCUUACUCAUAACGAAAUUAGAUUUUCAUAAUCGUAAUCCCGGGCUGCCGGGUAAUCUCCAAGUUACUAAUGAGGAAUUGGAGGCGAUUGGCGAAAAUGACAUUAAUAUUUAUUUUCAAAUGUCAGUUGAAAUGUUUGAUUACAUGGACGACAUUUUAAAUUUACAAAGAGCAGUCUUUGGAUCACUGGACUUAUCAAGAUCCAAUUCAAUGACUCCGUGUGGUCAGUGUCGACUGGCGCCUUUGAUACCGUGUAUUCAAGAUGCGUCCCAACUUUACGAUUACUGCGUUAAAAUUUUAUUCAAACUCCAUGGCGCGCUACCCGCUGAUACAUUGAAAGGACAUCGUGAUCGUUUUUCAAAGCAGUUUCACGAUUUAAAAACAUUUUACAACACGAUAAAACACAUGCAAUAUUUCAAACAUCUUAUAACCAUUCCUGGUUUACCUGAAAACCCGCCGAAUUUUUUAAUUCAAUCUGAGUUGAGGACAUACGUGACCCCGGUUGUCGUACUGCCUCAAGAAGAGUCAAUAGACAAUGAAUCAGCGGUCGAUAGUCUUAUUGAUACUUCCGACACAAAUUCAAUGCCCGGAGAUCAAAUGGAUGCCGCAAGAAAUGGCUCCGUUUCACCGGAUGUUCUCGCCGAGAGGGACAGUUUGAUAGAUCAUUUGCAUCAUGAGAAUGGAAGACAAAGAGAAGAACUGCAUCGUCUUUUAUCAGAGCAUCAAAGAAUUGUCGGAGAAAUGAAACAUCAUAUUAGAGAGCUUGAGUCAAUGGUCACGACAAAAGACAGCGAAGUAGAGCAGCAGAAACAAUUGUGUGAAGACUUGGGGAAACAGAGCGCUGAUGCAAUACUUAAAGUUCGAGAACUCGAAGAUAAGAAUAAACUGAUUGACGAUAAAUUCCAGAAACUAAAGGAAGUUUAUUCGAAAUUGAGAGAAGAACACAUUAAUUUAAUUCGUAAGAAAGCCGAAGUGGAUAAACAAUUGGGCGGAAUAAAAAUAUCUUUAGAACAGGCAGAAAGACGGACUCAAGAAGCCGAACAGCGGCUCCAAGAAAUUGAUCAAGGUCAAGCGACAGCUGACCAAGAAGCUCAGCGAGUUGCGCAAGCCCGCUCCGAUCUAGAUGACGUCAGAAAACAAUUCGACGAAGUGAAAACUGAAAAUUUAGCUCUGGUAGCUAAAAUUGAUUUCAUAUCAUCGGAAAAAGCAGUCGCUGAAGGUGACCUUCAUGAUUUGUUGGCACAGAAAGAGGAAUUGGAUCUGCGAAUAAAUCAGUUGGAGUCGGAGACCGAGAGAACUCGUGCCCAAGGAAAGAAAGAUCUUGAUGCCAGUCAGUAUGAAUUUAUUUUAAAUUGCAUCUCAUCUUCAGAGGCGAUCAUACAAAAUGCAUCGUCUGCUAUUGACAACCCGGCGAUUUCGGCGCUUACCUGCACCCCCGAUUACCUUGAAAGUUUAGUCAGUCCUACAGGACAAUUACUGAGUGACCUAGAAGUUUGUUACAAAAAUUACGAAGCUGAUCCCAAAGAAGGCAAACAAUUAGUUCGCGUCUUAUCAAAUGUCGCUUAUAAUUUAGCUGUAUAUUUAAUCCACGCAAAAUCAACUUCCAAUACAUCAACAGACAUAUCUCUUGGUGAUAAAUUAACUGAUGAAUGCAAAGCACUCGUUACUCAGUCGUCUGCGAUGCUCGCAAGUAUGAAAGAAAAAUCCCCGGUUGUUUUUGAUAAAAUAAACGGAGUAAAGACGCAACUGGACGCCAUAUCAGCGAUGGCGAAUACUCUGUCCAAAGCCCGAGGUAACGUUGAUGCGCUGGGUGAUCUGGUGGAGAAUGAACUCCACAGUAUGGACAAAGCGAUCGAAGAAGCGGCGAAUAAAAUGCAGGAAAUGCUCAACAAAUCCCGGGCUGAUGACUCGGGACUAAAACUCGAAGUGAAUGGAAAAAUUUUAGACUCUUGUACGGAAUUGAUGAAAUGCAUCAGGACUCUGGUGAAAAAGUCGCGGCUGCUGCAAACGGAAAUAGUCGCGCAGGGCAAGGGAACGGCGUCGGCUAAGGAAUUUUACAAAAGAAACCACCAGUGGUCUGAAGGUCUGAUAUCUGCCGCCAAAGCCAUCGCGAUGGGAGCUAAUUUUUUGCUGGAAGCUGCUGAUAAAGUAGUGCUGGGUAAUGGGAAAUUUGAACAGCUGGUCGUGGCCUCGCAGGGUAUCGCUGCGUCGACGGCGCAAUUAGUUGUGGCGAGCAGAGUAAAGGCUGACAAAAACAGCAGCAAUUUAGCUGGACUUUCAGAAGCUUCGAGAGAAGUCACGCGAGCUACUGGUAGUGUUGUAGCCACAGCUAAAAGUUGCGGCCAACUCGUUGAGGAAAAUGAUGAUCUAGACAUGUCUGGACUAAGUCUCCAUCAGGCUAAAAGACUCGAAAUGGAAGCGCAGGUACGCGUUCUUGAGCUGGAACAGGCAUUGGAGACUGAAAGAUUACGACUAGCUGCGCUACGUCGUCAUCAUUAUCAGAUGGCCGGUGAAAAUGAACAGUGAAUAAUAAUAAUAACUAAUAUUUAUUAUUUAAAUAACACUAAUAUAUAUGUGACGAAUGUUUAUUAAUUUUUUUAUUUACACUAUGACCUUUAUUAAUAUCUAACAUCGUCAUUCAUAAGUUGUAGCGACUAAAGAUUAUACAAGAUUCAACAUAUUGCUCACGUCCAAAUAUUUAAAUAUUUAAAUUACCAUCAAGGAUAUUUCAUCUGAAGGACAACAAUAACUCAAUUAUUGUUAAUGGGGUAAAGGUAUCGUUUUUGGCCACUUUGAUAAUUUCAAUAAAUCGAUUUGUUACACGCAAUGACAAUUUUUUAAAUUUGUACAAAGAUAUUUUUAUCACUCUCACAUUGAAAAUUUUUGUUUAAUUAAAAUCAAGUAUUAAAUGUCCAAAAAUGGAGCAGUGGUCACAGAGGCUACUUCUACUCCUUAAGUCGUUUUUUUUUAUUUACUGAGACUCUAUCAAGCAACUGCGGGUUUAUAUUUUACCAUACGCUCGGUAGAAAUUUAAAUAUUUCCCAUGAUCAUGACGGGUGUCCACCAUAAUUCUGAUUGUUUUGUCAACACUGGUGCCUUAUUGAUAGAUCAAAAAACAGCCUCAAAUUCGGGAGUCUGUUAAAAAAAAAUCAUUUUACAGAUGUCAUAAAGGCGCACUUUAGCAAAAAAAUAAAAAAAGUAAAAAAUGUAAGAGACCCAGCACCUGAUCAGGGAACUAGUACCCGGUCACUUAUGUAUUUUUAUUAUCAUUAAAAGAAAGUGUUUUUACUACAGACCAAAAGUAGAAAAUGACGUAAUUUAAUCAAACCACAGAAUAUAUUAAAAAAAAAAUAUUUGUAUUUUCAGUUGCUUGAUUAAGUCUCAAUAAAUAUAAGACUAAAUAUAUAAUAUCAAUAAUUAUUGUUGUUAAGUUUAAAUAUCCAUGAUUCUGAACUACUAAUUAUUAUACAAAGUUAAAAUAUAAUGACAGAUGUUUGAAUUUAAACUUCUGACACUCAGCGCGUAUUUUUAAAAAUACAAAAUUUAAAUAAUUGAUACCUUUGUUGCAGUUGAUUGCAUAAUAAUUCAAUUAAUUAAUUACUUUUAUUUAUUAUAUUUAAUUAUAUAUUUUCUUCUACAAUUUACACAAGUACAGUUGACGUACUUUGAAUAAAUACAAAUGAAAGUAAUAAUUGAGACUAAAAAUAAUUUUCAUCUCGCACAGAAAAAAAAUAUUUCUUGGCGGGAAAAAUUUUUUCUGUAUACAAUAAAUUAAUAUAAUUUAUUAUUCAAGUAAAUUUAUACAAAAUGGGAUGAAAAAUAAUUUUAUUAAAAAUUAUACAUGUACUGUAAAAAAUUGGGAGUAAAUUCGGUACAAUUAUAAAUUUUAUUUAAAUUCAAAUUUACUCUGUUCCGUAUAAAAAAAAAUUACUCCGCAUAUGGAGUAAAGAGGAAAAUUUUUUUUAGCGUAGUUAUUUCAGUGAUUCAAAUUUUAAAAAAAUCCGCAUUCGGAGUGAAUUUAACUCCGAGAUUAAAUAAAUAAAUAUCUGCUGGAUUUACUCCGCAAUUUUUUUUACAGAGUAAUUUUGUUAAUGUAUUUCUUUGAUAAAAUUAAUGAGUUUGUCAAUUAGUUUUUGUACUAAAAAAAAUAAGAAUUUAUUAUGCGACUUUGUUAUUGAAAAAAAAAAGUAA